AUGUUAAGGAAAGCGGGUAAAUUAUGGACUUCUUAUAGGAGUUAUUUACCUUCUGUACGUUUUUCAUCUACAAAAAUUAAUAACCCUGAACAUUUUGAUGAAUUUUCUGAGAUAUAUCCUGAUUUUGCUAAAACCCCUAUAAUGGGACGUAGAAAUGAAUUACGUGAAAGACUUGAAAGAGCUGAUAUGUUAAAACGUCGUAUGAUUAUAGAUAUACCAGAAUUUUAUGUUGGAUCAAUUGUUGCUGUAACUAAUUCAGAUACAAAUCUUUCCUCCAAACAAAGGCGUUUUGUUGGAAUUUGUAUUCGUCGUGAGAAAGAAGGUCUUCAGCAUACAUUUACUCUUCGUAAUGUUGUUGAUGGAUUAGGUGUAGAAAUUUUGUAUGAAUUAUAUAAUCCUACUAUUUUAAAAAUUGAGACAUUAAAAUUAGAAAAACGUCUUGACAAUGACUUGUCUUAUUUAAUUGAUUCACUUCCAGAAUAUUCAACAUUUGAUUUUAAUCUAGACCCUAUUGCUCACCCGUCAGGAACUCCUGUUCCUGUUAAUGAAACUAAAGUUAAAUUACGACCACCACCAUGGUCAAGAAGAUGGGAAUUAUUCCCAUAUAAAGGAAUUGAUAAUAGUUGGGAGUUAGCUACUCCAUAUAAAAAAAGAAAACUUCAUAAGACAAGACUUAAUGAGUGGAUGAAGUAUGAUUUAAUUGCUGAUUAUAGAUCUGAGAAUAAAUUCUUAGAACAUGAGCUGGCAGUUGAAAAAGAGAUGAAAGAAUUUGAAGAAAUACAACAUAAAGCUGGAAUGACAAAGAAGAAAAUUCUUCGUUCAGCUCAAAGGCAAAAAUAG